CUUAUCUGUUCCUGUAUUGAACAUGCUACUGAAUGAACUUCUGUGUAUCAGCAAAGUUCCCCCAGGAACUAAACAUGUGGAUGUAGACCUGUCCAGCUUACCCCCAACUACUGCAAUGGCAAUACUACUCUACAACAGAUGGGCCAUAAGGACCAUCGUUCAAAGUAGUUUUCCUGUAAAGCAAGUGAAACCUGGUCCACCUCAGUUAAAUGUGAUGAACCAGAUGCAGCAAGAAAAGGAACUAACUGAAAAUAUUUUGAAAGUGUUGAAAGAGCAGGCUGCUGAUUCCAUCCUGGUCCUAGAAGGAGCACUUAAAUUAAACAAAGAUCUUUAUGUCCACACUAUAAGAACUCUGGAUUUAUUAGCCAUGGAACCUGGUAUGGUGAAUGGAGAAACAGAGAAUUCCACAGCUGGGCUGAAAAUCAGUGCAGAGGAGAUACAGUGCCAGGUUUGCUAUGAUUUGGGUGCAAUCUAUUUUCAACAAGGAUCUACAAAUGCAGCUGUUCAUGAAAAUGCUAAAGAAAAGUUUUUCAAAACAAAGGAGUUGAUUGCAAAGAAUGGUUCAUCAUCACUUCAUUUUACCAUCGAUGAAGAACGGUUAGCUGGAUACUGCCAAGCUUGUGGAGUUCUUACCUCAUCUUCUGAUGAUGCAUCUCAACAGGCAACUCCUUAUAGUCAAAUCCAUAGCUGUAUGAAAUCUGGCAACUAUCAGGACUUAGUGAAGAUAUUCCUUGAAGAUAAUCUAACCCUCAGUUUACCUGUUCAGUUCAGGCAAUCGGUGCUGAGAGAACUCUUCCAAAAAGCUCAGCAAGGGAAUGAUGCUCUGGAUGAAGUUUGUUUCAAAGUCUGCGUGUGCAACACAGUCUGCGAUGUAUUGCAGGGUCGAAUAAUUGAUAUUCAGUUUUGUCAACUGUUCCUGAAACCCAACAAAGAGAAAAUAGACUUCCUCCUUGAGGUUUGUUCAAGAUCAAUAAACUUGGAAAAUGCUUCCGAAGCAUUGAAGAGAAAAAUGGCAGCAUUUCUCAAAAACUUGUGUUUGGGUUUGGAAGAUCUUCAGCUUGUCUUCAUGAUUUCAUCUCAUGAGCUGUUCAUAAAACUGCUGAAAGAUGAUGAACGGAAGCUGCUCAUUGAUCAAAUGCGGAAGAGAUCUCCUCGAAUCAACCUGUGUACAAAACCUGUGACUUCUUUUUAUGAUAUCCCAGCUUCAGCAAGUGUCAAUAUUGGCCAGCUUGAACAUCAGCUCAUAUUGUCAGUAGAUCCUUGGAGGAUUCGCCAGAUCUUAAUUGAGUUGCAUGGUAUGACUUCAGAACGCCAAUUCUGGACAAUUUCGAAUAAGUGGGAAGUACCAAAUGUUUACGGCAAUGUUAUUUUAGGAAUCAAAGACAAUCUGACUAGGGAUUUGGUCUACAUCCUUAUGGCGAAGGGAUUACACUGCUGUGCAAUUAAGGAUUUUGUCCAUGCAAAACAGCUUUUUGCUGCUUGCUUGGAGCUCGUGACAGAGUUUUCUCCAAAACUCCGUCAAGUCAUGCUAAAUGAAAUGCUACUUUUGGACAUUUAUACUCAUGAAGCUGGAGCUGGCGUUUCUGGAGAACGUCCUCCUUCUGAUCUCAUAAGCAGAGUCCGAGGAUAUUUGGAAAUGAGAGUACCUGAUAUUCCUCUUCGACAAGUUAUAGCUGAAGAAUGUGUUGCCUUCCUGUUAAACUGGCGUGAGAAUGAGUAUUUGACCAUGCAAGUUCCAUUACCUCUGGUUCAAACUAAUCCUUAUGUGAAGCUGGGACAGUUGCUGGCUGCUACAUGCAAAGAACUUCCAGGUCCCAAAGAAAGUAGACGGACAGCUAAAGAUCUUUGGGAAGUUGUUGUACAAAUCUGCAGUGUAUCCAACCAGCACAAGCGGGGGAAUGAUGGCAGAGUGAGUUUGAUAAAACACAGGGAGUCUACACUGGGCAUUAUGUACAGGAGUGAAUUGCUGUCCUUCAUCAAAAAGCUUCGGGAACCAUUGGUUUUAACUACAAUAUUGUCCCUGUUUGUCAAGCUUCAUAAUGUUCGGGAAGAUAUUGUGAAUGAUAUUGCAGCAGAGCACAUUUCCAUCUGGCCCUCAUCCAUCCCCAAUCUUCAGUCAGUGGACUUUGAAGCUGUGGCUGUUACAGUAAAAGAGCUAGUCAGCUAUGCAUUGACUAUCAACGCAAACAACCACUUCUGGUUAAUUAUUCAGGCAGAUAUUUAUUUUGCAACGAAUCAGUAUUCAGCAGCCCUUCACUAUUAUCUACAGGCAGGAGCUGUAUGCUCAGACUUCUUUAAUAAGAUGGUACCGCCAGAUGUGUACACAGACCAGGUGAUAAAAAGAAUGAUCAAGUGUUGUUCUUUACUCAACUGUCACACCCAGGUAGCUAUUUUAUGCCAGUUCCUCAGAGAAGUAGACUAUAAAACUGCAUUUAAAGCACUGCAGGAACAAAACAGUCAUGAUGCCAUGGAUUCUUACUAUGAAUACAUCUGGGAUGUCACAAUUUUGGAGUACUUGACAUAUCUCCACCACAAAAGAGGCGAGACAGACAAGCGGCAGAUAGCAAUAAAAGCCAUUGGCCAGACAGAGCUGAAUGCCAGUAAUCCCGAGGAAGUCCUACAACUUGCUGCGCAGAGAAGAAAAAAGAAGUUUCUUCAAGCAAUGGCAAAACUUUACUUCUAGGCUAAUGCUGGAAGACUAUUAUAAAAUGUGUGGAAGUGAAAAAAAUCUUUCAAGGCUUUAUUAUUUUUUUAAAUUCAUUUAAAUUUUUAUACAACAUUUACAGUCUAGUAUCUUUUUUUUU